UAACGUCGCGGCCAUGAGACGAACACAAGAUGUUGGGUGGGCUCUGAGACGGGCCCCCGAUGUAGAUGAUGGGCUUGCCGCGAGCAGACUGUAUAUAACUCGGCGCCUGCUCUUCUUGCUCAACGGCUGAAGAAGAAGUUCAUCUACUGUCUUUCAAGCCAUCACCGUUUUCCUCUCUUUCGUUCAGUUCUGGGAACUUUCUGUAUUUCUAUCAAAUCUUCAUUCUUUCCUUUCUAGGCUCUUAUCCUUUAGACCACUUCUCUUGGGCCGGCCCUUCUUUUGGACAUUUUAUAUCAGCUAUACUCUCCACCUCAUCGAACAAUUCGAAAAACAAGAGUUCCUUCGGAAGCUUCCCAACAAUGAAGUUCCAAACCUCCACCGCCCUCGCGGCCCUCGUCGCCUUCGCCGCCGCCGAAGUGCCCCAAGAACAUUCCCACGAGAAGUACCUCCGCGCCGUCAACGCCCUCCUCAAACAAGACAACCCAAACAACAUCCAAGACGCAGUUUUUGGCCUCCUCGGUAAUGCCGCCGCCGCCGCGGGCGCGGGCGACGUGACCAACCUCGACUGCCUUCACCAGACGACGGCCGACUCGGCCUACACCACGGCCAAAGCCGCGGGCGACGUCGACGGCAUGGCGAGCGCGCUCGUCUUCCGCGCCGUGGAGCGCAACACCGGCAAGGUGGGCCUCAAGAGCGUGCUGUGCGACGAGACGGCCGCGAACCCCGAGAUUGCGGCGCUGAGCCAGCAUCAGGAUCCGGCUUCGGAUGGUGCGGCCGAGGAGAACAAGGCUAUUACGUUGGAGUUGGCGAAGCAGCUUUCUGCUAUUGGGGCUGAUCCGCAGCUUGCGCUUGAUUCGGGCACUUUCGAGCCUGGUGAUGUCAACGACAAUACCGGAGCCGGCAACACCUGUGACGAUGCCGAUGAUGCUGAGGGAUGCAUCUUUAGCCAGAACCUCAUCGUCAAGGAUGCUACACCAGAGGAGAUUGAUGCCGCUGCCACUGGAGGUGCCGGCGAAGCCGCUGCCGGCAACGCCACGGCCGCCGCGACCAACUCUACCGGCGCAGCAAACCGCUUGCGCACCAGAAGCUUCUUGAGCCGUACCAUCCUCUCCCAGCGCGGUAACAAGGGCGCCAGCGCCAGCGCCGACAACGCCACGGCCGAAGCCUCUGAGAAGACUCGUCGUCAGUCCAACAACAAUGGCAACGCCAACAACAACAGCACCGCCGACGCAAGUGACAACGCAAACGACGCGGCCACAGGCACAACAGACGUCCAAACCUUCACCGGCACCCUCGGCGGCCCCGCCCCGCCCGUAACCUCGGACCCCUCCGCAGACAAGCCCUUCUCCGUCAACGGCGCAACCUUCCUCAACGCCGGCGCAGCCCUCCAGCGCUCCUGCGCAGUCCAGCACAACGCCUGCGCUGACGCCACCAACUCUGGGUCCGAGGAUAUCAGCGUGUCAGACUGCGACGCGCAGGAAGACGACUGCCUCGCUGCCUCCUCGCAGACAAAGCUCCGUCGUGCGUCGGGGUUGAACGCGCGCGGUGCGAGAAGAAUGAGAAUCGCUACGACGGCGUUGUUGAAGGGCCGACAGGCGUUUGAGUUUGGCGAGUGUCAGGACCCGAGUAUUGAGUUUGCUGAGGGUCUUGGUGGACGCAAGGAGGCUUCUUUUGCGCCGGCGGGCGACUUUGAGCAUGGGAGCGCGUUGAACAUUGGGGUGAUUUCGGGUUUCAUUUGCGGGCAGUUGGAGAGCCGGUGUCAGGCGGAUGAGGCUGCUGUUGCGGCUUGUCAACAGGGAGAGGCUGAUUCCAAGGGGUUGAGCGGGCAGGCUGCUGCUGAUGCUUUCAACUCUGCUUUGGGACUCUGAGGGGUUGUAUGAGGUUAUGCCUUGUUUUGCUUUAGUAGUGAGAGGUUAUGACAUGGUUGUGCUGAAAGUAGGAGAUGAUGAGAAUGACAUGAAGGUUGCGACUCCUAGUUCUUAGACUGGAGAUGAAUGAUGAAUCAAUUUGACCGGGUUCAGAUUUUUUUGAUACAGUCAAUUGAAGAUGCUCGUAAACAUUUCGUUAUGAAGUUGCGUUUGAUGCUCAUGAACAUAACAUUAUGGAGUUGUUUUCCGAUUUGUAUGAUCCUAGAUCGUGAAGUUGAAGCAAAAGCUGAGGCAACGCAGAAUCUGUUUAGAA